AGACAGGGCAAAGGGUUUUGGAAGCUGUUGAAAGCAGAGGAGGCAACCAGACAUCAUGAAAGAAGGACAAAGCAAAAAGAGGAAAAGGGCAAGACAUAAGAAACCUCAGAAACCCCAACAAUCUUUGCAACCAAAACACUCAAUAAAGCAUAAGAAAGAAACCCAUCAACAGAAAAACCAUGCCCAUCGGUCUUCUGCUUCUUCGAAGCCACCCAAGUCGUCUUCUUCUAAUUCCUCCAGUUUUCUUGACAAGAUGAGAGCAAGGUUGGCCGGUGGGCAUUUUAGGCUGAUCAAUGAAAAGCUCUACACUUGCACAGGUAAAGAAGCACUGGACUAUUUCCAAGAAGACCCAGAAUUGUUUGAUAUGUACCAUACAGGAUAUCAGGAGCAAAUGUCGCAUUGGCCUGAGCAGCCAGUCAAUAUUAUCAUAAAAUGGCUGAAGGAUCAUAGUUCCUCGUUAAUUGUAGCUGAUUUUGGCUGUGGGGAUGCACGCCUUGCAAAAAAUGUGAAGAAUAAAGUUUUCUCUUUUGAUCUUGUAUCAAACAAUCCUUCAGUAAUUGCUUGUGAUAUGUCAAAUAUACCACUUGAUCCAUCGUCUGUAGAUGUUGCUGUCUUUUGCCUUUCAUUGAUGGGGACUAACUAUGCUAGUUACCUUCAGGAAGCGUAUAGAGUUCUUAAGCCAAGCGGUUGGCUUUUGAUAGCUGAGGUAAAGAGCAGAUUUGAUCCAAAUAAUGGAGGAGCAGACCCAAAUAAGUUUUCAAAAGCUGUUUGUGAGAUGGGAUUUACCUCAGCAUUGAAGGACUUCUCAAAUAAGAUGUUUGUUUUAUUAUACUUCAAGAAAAAGGAAAAGCAACGCUCAAAAGGGAAGGAAAUUGAAUGGCCAGAGCUGAAGCCUUGUAUAUACAAGCGUCGUUGAGAUUAGAACACAUCUUUUGCUAUUAUAAGUCAAGCUUGUCGUCAAUCCUAGAUUGGCAUAAUGUAACAUUAGACAACAGUUCAGUUUUAUUAUGGUGCUACUUUUUUGUUACGGAUUGUGUCUAAAUGUCUAUCUAUUUGAAUUUUGUUGCAAGAUGCUGAAACCCCAUCCCAUAGUGCAUUGCUCCCAUGUAUGGAGGCAUGUUCUGGUGCUCCUUCACUUGCCAUUCUGACAUGCACACACACAAACAAAUUAAGCACUGGUACUAUAUUUUUUUUGUGUUGGUAAAAUUUCAGCAUAUUUUAUUCAAAGUUGUCAGAGAAAAUGAUGUUCA